UUACAUUAAUGAGACUAUUGUUUUAUUUUUAUCGAGGUUAACUUUUCUAAAAUAUUUACGGUAAAGAUGUUAAGGUGCAUACGUUAAGUAAUUUGACGUAGAUAUUUUCAAUUCAUCGCUUUACGACAGUUGUAAAUAAUUUCAACUACACAUACGAGAAACUUACAUUUAUAUUUCAGAUUGAAUCAGUAAAAUAUUAUGUCAUACUCGGUUACUAAAGUAUUUGUUAUUAAAAGUACUUAGGUAGUAUUAUAAACAUAAUGAUAAUCGCAAUACCUUAACUAGAAUAAUUUAUCUCAAGGAAUAUGGGUAACCAAAAUAGUUGCUGUUGUUACCGCAGCCCAUCACCCAUUAGAAAAGACAUUGUAAAGUUAGAGGACUACUUACCAGAAGGUGAAAUCAGUUCAAAUAAUAUACAACAUAUAAGUGAAAGAGAACCUGACGAUGGGGAUAUUGACCCAUCACAAGAUCCAAUUGCAGGCACUAUUUUUAUGGAGAGAUCAAAGGCUUCCAUUGAAAAUGGUAUCACUCGAAAACGAAGUCAACAUCAAAUUGCAGAAAACAAAUUGAAGAAAAGCAGUUCUUGCUCCACUAUUUACUUAGAUGACAGUACUGUUUCUCAACCAAACUUAAAAAACACUGUUAAAUGUGUAGCUCUUGCAAUCUACUACCACAUAAAGAAUAGAACUUCUGAACGAAGGUUAGAUAUAUUUGAUGAGAAGCUGCAUCCUUUAAGUAAGGAUGGAGUAAAUGAUGACUAUGACAGAUAUAAUCCUGAACAUAAACAGAUUUACAAAUUUGUCAGAACAUUGUUCAAUGCUGCUCAGUUAACAGCAGAGUGUGCAAUUAUUACUUUGGUGUAUUUAGAGAGACUUCUUAUAUGUGCUGAAUUAGAUAUUGCACCUUCAAACUGGAAAAGAAUAGUUUUGGGAGCAAUACUACUUGCCAGUAAAGUUUGGGAUGAUCAAGCAGUCUGGAAUGUAGACUACUGCCAAAUCUUAAAAGAUAUAACUGUAGAAGAUAUGAAUGAGCUCGAAAGACAGUUCUUGGAGAUGCUACAAUUUAAUAUAAAUGUACCAUCAAGUGUGUAUGCUAAAUAUUAUUUUGACUUACGUACCCUUGCUGAAGCUAAUGAUUUAGCCUUUCCAAGUGAGCCUUUAAGCAAGGAAAGAGCACAAAAACUAGAAGCUAUGUCAAGAGUGAUGGAGGACAAAAUAGCUGCUGAAGUGGUUAAAAACGGCCUGAAGAAGUGGUCUAGUUUAGACAAUGUUAAUUCUGGUGCUGCUGUGAGGCGUAGUGUUGCCAUUCUGUCAUAAUUCAUUAAUCAGAUAUAAUCAUAGUAUUUGUUAGUUUGAUAAUCAAAAUUCUUAAUAUUAAAAAAAAAAAUGUAACUUAUCAAUUUUGCACUAAUUCUUCAGGCAUAUAAUAAUGUUUCAUUAUACACAAGGUAUUUAAAUCAGUAUGGUAUGUUUUGUCAGCAAAACAAGGAAUUAACAUGAUUUGUUUUAAUUUGUAUGCAUACUGGCCUUUGUACCGUCCAAUACAAAACACAUCACUCAUGACAGAAUAAAUUAUGAGCAUUAAUAACAAACACUUCAAACAUUUUUGAUAAAAAAUUUUUAUAACUUGAAUAUUUCUAGUCUAAAUUAUUAUAUGACUGGUUGAAAACAUUCUUGUUUGUAAAUAGAAUCCAGUAUUUAUAUUAAUUUGAUGAUCUGAUCUCUGUAAUAACUGAAUAAAUUGUAUUCUAAUAUCAAUUUUAAUAAUUACAUUGAAAGACUUGUAGAUUUGUGGUCCAAUAAUAUUUGUAUUGUAAAAUGUAAUACCUCCUUUAGUAACUUAUUAUACUAUUUGCUUCCAUUUUAUUUAAUCAAUAUUUAAAAAAAGCACUUUUAUAAGCGUGCUUUCAGAGCUGAUUUGCUUAGAAUAAUUAUUAUAGAUUAGUAUUGUUUUAUAAUAUCUUACAAUGUGAAUUAUUUGUCCGACUACACUGUGUAUGUCUAUGACUGCAUAAUGCAGGUUUAUACAGUUUCUAGUAAAAACUACAGAUUUUUUUCAAUAUGUUUUAUAUUUGAGAAUUAUGUUGGUUUUAAACUUUUAACUGUUGAUAAUAUUUGUUAAUAUUAUGUUAUGUGCAAAUAAUGCUAACACAACCAAACCUGUGGUUUCAAAGUCAUUUAAAAUAUAUCACUAACUUGCAUUUAAAUUGAGAGUAGGAAUGUAUCAAUUAUGCCAAAUUAUAUUAUAAUCAAAUUUUAAUAUUAUAAAUUAGUCAAUCAUUACUCUGCAAAAAAUACAUAAGUUGGGAAUACAAUAAGUAUUUUUUAUUUUUAUUGUACAAUAUAGGAAUUGAUUAAUUUUAAUAUUACAGAUUUAUUUUGUGAUUAUUAUUUAGUUGUAAAUUUUAAACUGAAACACAUUGUAUCUUAAAUGUAAUUAAGAAUAAACAUUUUAUAUGAGACUUUCA